AUGGCCGACGUGCUGGUGGGCUCGGAGCGACGCGUCCUCAUCAGCGGCUACGGCCUCCCCGCGCCGGCCCCGCCACCGGAGAGCCUGCUCGGCCGCCUCGACCAGAUCGACCUCCGGGUGCGGCAGCUGGAGGAGCAGCGGCGCCCGGCGCCGGCGGACGACGGCGCCGCCGGGGCGCGCCGUGGCGCGCCGCCGCACCACCACCACACCAAGUCCCUGCCGUCGGCGCUGCAGCACGUGCAGGUGCGGGGCACGCUCAUGGACCGCCUCAACCUGCUGGAGUCGCGCAUCAGGCAGCUCAGCUGCGAGCUCGACCUCGACGUCGGCGCCAAGGCCGGGGCCGAGCUCGGGCUGGGAAGUUCCUCGUCCGUGCCGCCGCCGCCGGUCGAGGACCCCGCGUGGUCCGACACCGCGCCGAUGUCGGAGCCCUGCAGGGACCCCGCGCCGGCGAUGAUGCCCGCGCCCGCCAGCAAGCCGCCGGCGGCGGCGCCAGACGGGGGCUGGAGCGCCGUGGAGAUCCUGCAGAGGGGCGCGCGCCAGCUCCACCGCACCAAAACCAACCCGCCGAAUAAGAACGUGAAGGAGGCGAAAUGUGCGUGCCAGAAGGAGAAGAGGAAGGCGGAGCGCGGCCGGACGAGCAGGAGAUGGUUCACCGUCGGAUGCUGAAGCAUUAUUGCACAUCAGGGAGACGAAUGGAUGGAUUUUCUGAAUUCUGAUGAUUGAUCUUCACCAAUGCAUAGAAAGCUAUAAAUAUAUAAAUUUACUUUUCUUUAA